UUCUGAUAGUAUUCUUUGAAAAAAAUCAAAGAAAAUGCUAAUUUUAGAAAUUCAGCAGACAACAUUUUAGCAGACGACAAAUUUCCCAGCAUGCAAACGGUUAAUGUGAUAUUGUUGCAGGCGGGUACACGUGUUCGAGUAUGUUCCGCAAUCAAAGAUUGUCCGUUACAGUCAGACAAGAGACGAGGCGAAAAUGUUCCUACCGGACUGGUAUGUGGAUAGCCAAUAACAUACGAGACACGUGAUCGCAGUUGAUUUUCCAAACCUGAAAAGACGAUAUAUUUCUAUUGUUUUUAAUAGUGGAACAGUGUUUAACCAACUUUGCAUUGCAGGUUAUCUAUAAUGUUGAAUAUUUUUAACCACUAUUUUAUUUUUACCUAUUGAUGUUAUAGGAAUAUCUUGAUACUUUUAUAUUAUAUUUGGGAUUUUUAAUUAGUUUUAUAUUGCAUUGAACCUUUUACAAUACUCACUAUUUUAGCUCGUCUAUUUAGCGAAAAGGUGUAUCAAUACUUAUGAACAGUUAGUCGGCGUUGGCGUUAUGUUCUUGUUGAGAUUUGUUUGUUUUCGUUUUCAUAAUAUUGAUAAAUCAAUGGAUUACAAAAGAAAAUACACAUCACUUUUAAACACCACAUGACUUAAGUCUGCAUAGAAAAGAUAAUUUUAUUGGAUGCAGGAAACAUGCCAGCAGAGAACUGAUAACUAAUUUACGUAUUAUAUCAGCGAACACCGUGUGUAUGUAACUGUUUAUAUAACGCUCCAUUCCAUUGGUCAAAUAACAUGCAGAAUGACACAUGCAAGUCAAUAACGCGAUGUUUUAAAUUAAGUAUUUGUGUUAUACAAUGGACUUAUUGAGAUAAGUAAAGUGACCGAACAGUUUAAAUUCUUGUUAUUGUGGUGGAGGGUUCUUUAAAUGUUCGAUGGAAAUUUACGUAAAAUUUAAACGGUAAUUUAUUUGAUGAAUUAUGAUAGUACCUAUGAUAGUUGAUCAAAAACUUUCUAUCUAAGAAUUGUCUGCUUACACCAACUGCUUUAAAUUGGAAAAGGAAGACGGCGAUGAUCUUAGGCAUCUUGUAUGCCGCAUGCAGAUUUUCAACUCAUAAUAUAAGCAUACAAAACUAAACGAAAACAUUGAAGAUUGUAAACCAUACACAACUUUCAUAAUAAAGAUAAGAGCCAGCAGAGCUUUUUCUUUUAUAUGGAAGUAAACAAAACGUGUGAAAAAGACUGCAAGAAGACUUGUUUAUAUACUUCAACUUUCAAUAUCAUCGGGAAUAAAUGCAGCAUCACAUCAUGCUUGACGUAACAUUUUAUAAGUUUAAAAUGGCAGCCAUCUUUUGCUUUGGUCUUUUAUUUUGGUGAAACAAUAAAGUAAAUUUGAACAAUACCUGUGUUCACAUAAGCCCCCUGUCAAAGGUAAUAAGCGCUCAUACUUUUAAGAACCUGGAAAAUAAUUUGUCCAAACCACAAACGAACCGUUUAAAACAUUUGAUGUCAAAUUUUAGAUGUUGUAGUCACAAAAUAACGUUUAAGAAGGGGAAGGUAUCUCCGAACUGAUCACUUUCAAAAUUCCAAAUUUCAAAACGUUUCUAUGUUGCUAAAACCAAAAUGUCGUUUGUGUUGGAAGCGAACAAUGUUUUCAACUGAACUUGUUUUGCAUUCACAAUUACGGAAAAGAUAUUUUCAACUGAAUGUCUAUUGCAUUCAAAAUAACGAGAAGGAUAUUUUCAUCUGAAUUUGUAUCGCAUUUACAAUUAUGGAGCAAAAUGACUUUCAAGAACAACCGCAAGGCAUAUAUCAUGUUGCAUGAAGGUUUCUUUGCUUGACGGCUUGAAGUACUACAUAGAUAUUAGAUAAAGUAUAAAUUAUAAUCCUACUGGACAUUUUUCUUUACCGUGAAUAUGGUUUGUUAUAAUGAUAUUCUGAUCCGAAACGUAAUGGAUGAGACAACAACGUCAUAAUAAACACCAGAAAGUUGUUACCAAAUGUAUUAUAGAUACUUGCAUUAUUUUAAAAUGUUUAAGCAAUUUGAUCAAUAACUAUUCAUAAUAAAGCACCAUUUGAGAUAUGUUAAAUUCAAUGGAUGUCUGAUAAAGAAUUAUAUUUAUCAAUCAACAAAUAAAAAACUAAUUUUGAGUCCAGGCUUGUUAUUUAUGAUUUGUGUGUUCUUACUUAUGAAUUUUGCUUUGUGAGUUCUGACUUGUUAGUUCUGACUUAUGAGUUGUGAAACCUGACUUGUAAAUUCUGGCAUGUGUGUUCUUACUUAUGAGUUGUGACUUUUGAGUUCGGACUUAUGAGAUCUGAUAGUUUUUGCAUUACAUGAAAUACAGUAUUUCAGUUACUUAUUAUUAUCGACACUGCAGACUAAAUCCGAAAUAACAAAACGAGUGGUAUCGCCAAAAUAAGAUUUAAAUUAUGUCGGUAUUAAACUGCCUUUUGGUUUAUGACAAUGUAUUACGCCUAUUAUGGUUAAGAGAUGCAUAUAUCAAUAUUUUCAGAAAUAAUAGUAAAAUAAUAGUGAAAAUAAUGUUGUUAGAUGGCAAUCAUAUUAAAAUUGCAUAUUACCUGAACCAAAUAAUUAAUAACGAAACAUAUGUGUAAGAUCUCAAAAACAUUCAUAUUCAACAUUUGAAAAGCUUUUGUUCAAUGGCUCAAAAUAAAGUAUGAACCAAUUUAAAAAAAAAAAAACGUGCGCUCGAGUUUACAAAUCGACCGAUCGAAUUUUAGAGUGUUUCGUUAAAAACUUAAACCAGAAUUAACUUUCGUCGACAAUAUAACAGUUUAAUUUACGACUAAAACUAUCGUAUGGAUAGCCUGAAGCUUUUCUCAUUGAGAAAUAAUAUAAUUUAAUAACUACUCAAUCUUACAAAAAUCAAUAAUAGUAAACCGUUGUUGUCCUUAUGGCAUAUCGAAUAACAGUCAAAUAAUAUCAUUAUUGAAUUUUGAAUACAAAGAAGAAGUAAUGACCAUGAAUAGAUAAAAAAUGUCCAUACAUAGAACACUAUUUAUGACAAUUAUAAUUCACAUAUGAUUCAUAGAAUACUCGUGAAACAAGCCAACAUAUUGAAAGCAUCACACAAACAGACACAAACUAUACAAGUACGACACUAUUAUCAUCAAUAGAAACAUUAAAAGUCGGGGCAUGAAUAUACUGAAGAAAGCUAAAGCGUGCCUGCUAAAACAACAAAGCCAGUUAUCUCUGAAAAUGCUCAUCAAUAAAAAACAUGCAUUGUCUUACCUACAGCAUUAAUAUUUCAGCACCCUUAACCAGUCUGUGUAAUAUCUGUAAAAAAAAUCUAUUCACACAAUUCAAUACAUUAGUGUAAAUGCCCCGAUAUGAAGCUGGAAAUCUCAAGGUUUCCUUCUAUAGAUAAUACAUUUCAUCUUAACCAAACGAUAGGAAACCCCUUCUAAAAGAACGCUUGGAAUAUGAAAUUUGAUCUACGUCGCAUUUUGAUAAAAUUGUACGUAGCUUUUUUUAGCAAAUGUUAAUUGUAAGUGGGUUUCAUGUCGUCAAGACGAAAAGAGGCGAUCCAGGUCCAGCAGGAAUUUUACUAGUCGCAUCCUUUAAUGCUGCCACGGGACACAAAGUUGACACAAAGGUGAAUUUUACACAACUUCAAGUGGAUUGCUUAAUGCACGUUACUUCAAAUAUAUAGGUUUAGUCCAUUUCAUAUUUGCCAGUAACUUGUGUUGUUCAUUAGAAACAUCAACCUUAAAUAUGAAUUUAAGAUCGUUAAGUUCUUGUAACUUUCUUCGAUUUCAAUUGAUUUGUCUAGACAAUAGAAGAAACGCGUAAAAAUAAACAUCAAAACUGAAGAAUUUAUGUCAGAAUUAUCUUAUUAUAAAUACAAAGUAUGGGGAUAUGGGUAUAGCCUUGUUAACUUGAUUACAUGGUAUUAUAGAAAUUCAUUCAAAGGUUAUAUUCAUAAUGAAAUUUUACCUAAUAUAAAGAACAAACAAAAAUUAUUGCAUAGUACACACUCCACUUACAUAAUUGCUUAUCAACAGAUUUGAAAAUAUCUACUAAAAAAACUGCAUAUAAAAUUGUAUAGUAACAGUUGAUGUUGGAAUAUAUCAAUACUUCACUUUAAACAUACCAGUGUUUUAUUCUCAAACGGUUUUAAACGAAAAUCCCCCAUAGCUUUUUUCCUAUCAUACUCGAUUUCUGUCACACCUAAUCUAAAUAAAUAUAUCAAAAAAAUAAUCUUUGAGAAAUUAAUAAUGUUUAGUGUGGCGCCGUUUCACAACCAGACAAAACAAAGGCAGCACAAUUAGAAAUUAGACGGACGGACAUAUAAGAGAAUUUUAAGAUAUGAUGCAGCAUAAAAAAGUGCAUAAACAUUUCAUGAAAAUAAUAAAUAACGCGUCAGCAAAUAAAAUCAACGUUAAUAAUAAUAUAUUGACCGAGUUGGAAUCCUGUGAGUAUGGUCACUUUGCUUUCAAAAAAGAAGAUAAGGAGGCCAAAUAUAGACACUGUCUAAACACACAAACUGCGUCAUCAGCUUCGUUUUCAAUAGCAGCCACGAAAUCGAUGGCCAUUUUACUGCACAAUAACACAAUCAACGUCGCUAAGGUUACAUUAGUGUGUUUGUAUUGGGCGUAACUAAGCAACGAUUACUAUCGCUCAUGCGCAUGUGCGCAUUAGCGUCUUGAAAUAAAUAUUGAGCUAGCGACAUCAUUGCCUAUUGAUUCCUGGCAGGGAAAGCAAUGUAUUAAGCUUGUAAUCAGAUCUAUUUACUUCUUGCGUGUUACGAAUCAUGUGUAAAAUUCAUGCUUUAAAUGACUUUUAAAAAUGUUGUAGCUCUAUCCGUGGUGUAAACGGUACAAAUUGGUGAACUGUUUGCAUAAAUGUGAUAUUAAAACUGUGAUGUUGUUGACGUUUUUAUUCUAACCGCAUUAUUAAAGACAGUCCGAGACAGCUCUGCAAGAAUGGGAAAUGCUUCAUCAAUAGGCUCGUCUAUCGUAAUUUACCUCGACCUAAAUGGCAAACACGAAAAGAUCGUGUUCAGUAAACACUGCAGCGCACGAGACAUCCACGAACUGGUUGCACAGGCGGCUGGAUGUAGCAAGUACUGCUCAUUGUCCCUCAAGGAUGCAAGCGGUGCGCACGUGUCAAUGUCGCCGGCCAUGCCAUGCAACACGCCAACGACACCUUACAAAGUUCAAAUCCAGCAACCGACUUCGAAUCAAGGUGACAGUGAAGUUCUUACGCAGCUGAUGAGCCAUGUAGCUGACCAGUUCAACAAGGCUUUCAAAGUGGAAGAAAUGAAGACGGAAAUUUCAAGCAGAUUAUUAGCUUUAGAGCGGAAAUUAGAAAUCGAGGGCCUGAAGGCAGUGGAGAUCGAGAAAUGCAAGAGGGACAUCUCCGAGAUCAAGGACCAGAUCUGGACCGCACAGAAGAAAUUUGUGGACUUCAACCGAAUGAGGUGA